ACAGGUCCUUCUUAGUGGUGGUUCCCCAGUUACAGAAUAUCCUCCCUAAUGAGGAGCAUCUGUCUCCUUUGAGAUUAACAUUCUGGGGGAUUUUUAACACAUGCCUGUUCACCCAGGCUGAAAGAGACUGCUCCUGGCAACUUUGAAAUUAUUUUCCAAAAUUAGAAGAGCCGUCUGCCAGUUUCCGGUGCUCGGAACGAGGGAGAGAAGGCGAAUGGACGUUGCCGGAAGUAGGGCAAGAUUGUCGGCUAAACUCAGUCAGGGCUAUGCGGCUGCUUCUGCUGGCGGCUCUGCGAGCCCAGUCCGGGAACGGUACCACCGCGAAGAGACUCCAGGAUCAUCUAGAAGCCACUGGCCACACAUGUACCCUCAAGGAUAUCUUUUGCUGUGACUCGCCAUUUACAGUUUUGAAUCUCAUCUCCUCUGAGAACAUUGAGGCUGCUCUGGGCAUUCAUCUUUAUAAAGCAGGCAGACUUCUGCAAGGUAGCAGAAUUCCUUUUGGAAUAAUCUUUGGCGGGACUGACAUUAAUGAAGAUGCCAAGUGUGAUGAGAAGGCCCAAGUGAUGGAGAGAGCAUUAGAAGAAGCCAGGUUUGCCAUCUCUUUCACAGAGGCAAUGAAGGAAACGGCCACAACAUACUGGCCUCAUGCCAGGAGCAAAAUAUAUGUCCAAGCUCAAGGAGUUAUGGCCAUCUACAAUCCGUCUUUCAACUUGAAGAGUUUUCUACAGAAUGCAGAGAUUCUCCAGGGCAACAGCAGUCUACGCCUUUUCCUCUUGAUAUGCGGUCUGAGAAGAGUCAAGGAUCCACUUUAUUUAGUGGACGCUUUUGCAGAAUGGCACAGAGAGGAGCCUAGCAUACACCUGAUGAUAAUUGGACCUGCAAUUGAUCCACUGUUUGCAGAGGAAGUCAAAGAGAAAGUUAAAAGGGCGGAUGGAGUGCAUUUGCUGCAGGAGAUCCCCCAGGAAGAUCUUCAUGCUGUUAUGCAAAAAUGCUUUGCCGUUGUCAACAGUUCAAUUUCAGAGGGAAUGUCAGCUGCAAUCUUGGAGGCGAUGGACUUAAAUGUCCCAGUGCUGGCAAGGAAUAUUCCAGGGAAUGCUGCAGUCAUCACACACAAGACGACUGGACUAUUGUACUCAGACCCCCAGUCACAGUCUUCUCUGCCAAGAUGGCGUCAGAAAGCGGGGACAGAAUCUGUGCGGAGAAACCGAGGCAACAAUCAGCACCCACAAGGAGCUUCUUAAACCAGAACACUCUGGGGAGAAGACAAACGAGGCUUAUAAAAAGUGAGCUAAACCGGAUGGACGCGAGCUGAGUUAUCGCUCUCUGAAUUUUGGCAUUUCAAAAGAAGCUGACUUUGACAAUUUCUCGAGUGACAGGCUGUAUGUAUUCUAACAUGUGCAUGGACCAACUAGCAUCCCCCCCGUCCUUCCAAUUCCCUUCCUGAAGAUAUUCUUUGUAUUCAUGGACACUCAAAGAAGGCAAGAUGAUAUCCUCAGCUUUUGCAAAGAAAGAUAAUUCUGGAGGGCUGCAAAGAACGUAAGACGAGCCCUGCUGGAUCAGGGCAAUGGCCCAUCUAGUCCAGCAACCUGUUCCCAGAGUGGUCCACGGAAGCCUAUGGGAAGCCUGCAAGAGCACUCUCCCCAAUCGUGAUUCCCAGCAACUGGCAUUCAGAGAUCUACUGCCUCUGUGUCCCCCCUUCCCAAAGGCUGCUGUUUUAGGACUGAGGAUUUGUGCUAUCGAAAAGGAUAAGGCCAAUGCAGGUGUUUAACGCCUUGUAUUGGGAUUGCUUUUAAAACGUUUUGUUUUAAAGGUGUUUUAUUGUUGUAUCACUUGUUGUUUGCCACCCUGGGCUCCUCUGGAGAGGAAAGGUGGAAUAUAAAAUAAAGAAACAAAGAAACAAAUAACAUGGUGGGAGACCCCCAUCUCCUGCUCUUCCAUGUCAUAAAAAUGGGGCGUUUUCAAAUUAGUUUCAAAGAGUUUUCAGUGAAUUCUUCUUGAAAACAUGGAGAGAUUUUGCAUCAUGCUGGACUAGAUGGUCUGAUCCAGCAUGGCUGUUCUCCUGUUCUUACCCAGCAUUCCUUUUCUCCUACCUGAAUCGUCGUCAUUCCCAGCUCUUGUCCAACCAACACCUGUCCAUCGUGCAGCUUUGCGAUCCUGGGCUCUUCUACUUGUAUGAAAUCACUCACCAACUCAGUGAUGUCAACCUGCCAGUCAGAGCUCAGCAGAUAGGCCAUCUGUCCGCCAGGAUCUGAGGGCUCGGCUACAAAUUGUGUGAGGACCCGCACCAUAGCAUGCUGGUACUGUAGGGUGCAGCCUCUUCCCUUCCUCUCAUCCUCCUCUUCGUCGUCACUGUCUCUCGCUGGUCUGCCAAGGCAAAAAAGCAGAAGGGUCAGGCAAACAAGUGCUUUAAGGUAGUGUCAUCUUUCAGGUGAUAGGAACAUAGAAAACUGCCUUAUAUCAGGUCAGACUAUUUGGAGAAGGCUAUCAGUGGCUACUAGCCAUGAUGGCUGUGCUCUGCCUCCAUGGUCAGAGGCAGCAUGCUUGCAAAUACCAGUUGCUGGAAACUGCAGGAAGGGAGAGGUUCUGCUUGUGGGCUUCCCAUGGGAAUCUGGUU